AUGGCCAUAGUGAUUUUUCAGAUUCCAAAAUUUGAUUAUAUCACACCUGCACUUAUCGACCUACAUUGGCUUCCAGUAACAUUCAGAGUUCAGUUUAAAUUGAUCCUCUUUGUUUACAAGUCAUUAUGCAACCAAAGUCCUCCCUACAUUAAAGAUCUUUUGUCCCUGAAACCACCUACUAAUUAUGCUCUUCACUUGUCUGCUCAAUCUCUUCUGUUUGUUCCAAAAGCUAACUGCUCUUCACUUGGAAAUCAGGCCUUUGCUCAUGCUGCACCUGUUUUAUGGAACUCACUGCCAUUAACUAUAAGAACAAGUAGUAGCCUUGCCAUUUUUAAAAGGCAACUUAAAACAUUUCUAUUUAGGAAAGCUUUUAGUUUGUUUCAAUAG